AUGGGACGGCCGCCGCCCUUCCCGAGCAGGAGCAUUUGGGACACUGGGCAUUUGGAAGCCCACUCCCUGCCCUUUCGGUCCGCAUCGCACCAGGAAUACCAACUCCCUAGCCGCCCUGCCUACACAGGGAGAAGAAAACGGGCUGGCGUGCAGAAACGCGGAGAUACAGUCCUUAGGCCCCGCAGAGCACAACAACGCACCAACCGGCCGGGGAAUCACGACUCCAGCAGCCACAACACGAACCUGCGCAGAAGCAGGGUCGCUGGUAGCCGCCUGCGCGCAGGCGCGGGCCGCCCUAUCCCGGCGGUUAGUGUGCGUCACGUGACGGGCUCGUUGUUCCGCCGUCACGUGACGGGCCUCGGCGGCCUCGGCGGCCUCGGCUGCGCUCUCCGCGGCGUGCGCCCCCUUCCGCCUAACGCGCCCUCGGCGGCGGCCGCGCAGCCCUGGCUCCUCGCGGGCUCGGGCGGCGGCUGCGACGGGGCUAUGGCGAGCGGCGGUGGCGGUAGUAACAACGGCGCAGGUGGGGGCCCGGGACUGGGCCUGAGCCUCGGCCUGGGCCUGGGUCUGAGCCUAGGCAUGGGGGAGGCCACCGGCGAGGCGGAGGAGGAGGCGGCCACGGCCGAGGCGGUGGGUCGCCUGGCCACGACGCUGUGGCUGCGGCUUCGCGGCUGGGAGGCGGUGCUGGCGGCAGCGCAGCGGCUGCUGGUGUGGGAGAAACCGCUGCACAGCCUGGUCACGGCGGCCGCGCUCAACGGCCUCUUCUGGUUGCUGUCUUCGUCGUCCCUCCGGCCCUUCUUCCUACUCAGCGUCUCACUUCUGGCCUAUUUUCUGCUGGAUCUCUGGCAGCCUCGCUUCUUCCCUGACAUCUCAGAAAGUGCUCUGGGAAUGCAGAGGAGGGGCAACCAUUCCGGCCCCGGGGAGUGUCUCCCAGAGCCCCACCACUCAACUUGUUCCCCUGCUCUCUUUAUAGCACCAUCUCCAGAGGAGACGCACUCUGACAGUGAGGGUGCGGGGUCAGGCGCCCGGCCGCACCUGCUGAGUGUGCCCGAGUUGUGCAGAUACCUGGCUGAGAGCUGGCUCACCUUCCAGAUUCACCUGCAAGAGCUGCUGCAGUACAAGAGGCAGAAUCCAGCUCAGUUCUGUGCUCGAGUUUGUUCUGGCUGUGCUGUGCUGGCCGUGCUGGGACACUAUGUUCCGGGGAUUAUGAUUUCCUACAUCGUCUUGCUCAGUAUCCUGUUGUGGCCCCUGGUGGUUUAUCAUGAGCUGAUCCAGAGGAUGUAUACUCGCCUGGAACCCCUGCUCAUGCAGUUGGACUACAGCAUGAAGGCAGAAGCUGACGCCUUGCAUCACAAACACGACAAGAAGAAGCGGCAGGGGAAGAACGCACCCCCCGGAGGUGAUGAGCCACUGGCGGAGACAGAGAGUGAAAGCGAGGCAGAACUGGCCGGCUUCUCCCCGGUGGUGGAUGUGAAGAAAACAGCAUUGGCUUUGGCCAUUACAGACUCAGAGCUGUCAGACGAGGAGGCUUCUAUCUUGGAGAGUGGUGGCUUCUCUGUAUCCCGGGCCACAACUCCACAGCUAACUGAUGUCUCGGAGGAUUUGGACCAGCAGAGCCUGCCAAGCGAGCCAGAGGAGGCCCUGAGCCGAGAGCUGGGGGAGGGAGAGGAGACAGAGCCGGCCCCUCCUGAAGACCUGCUGGGGCCCUCUCAGGCCCUCUCAAGGCAAGACCUGGACUCGGAGGAGGAGGAGGAAGAUGUGGUAGCCAAGGAAACCUUGCUUCGGCUCUCGUCCCCCCUUCACUUUGUGAACACGCACUUCAAUGGGGCGGGCUCUCCCGCAGAUGGAGCGAAGCUGUCCCCUGGAGGACCAGUGGAGACACUGAGCCUGGAGGCAGGGAGUGGUGACCUCACCACUCCACCGAUCACCCUGUCACCCCUACUUUGCCUUGCUGAAAGUGACCCAGUCCCCUCCCUCUCCGUGCUCCCACCUCUUCCCCAGGACUUGCCCCGGCCCCUGCUUGCUCCCGAGGAAGAAGAGGCACUCACCACGGAGGACUUCGAAUUGCUGGAUCAGGGGGAGCUGGAACAGCUGAAUGCUGAGCUGGAGUUGGGGCCAGAGACAUCCUCAGAGCCCUCCGAUGCUCCGCCCCCUCCCUCCCUAGAGCCCGACACCCUGUCUCUGGUACAGUCAGGCCAAGAGGCUCAGGCUGUGGCAGAGCCAUGAGCCAUGGGGGAAGGGGUUGCAGGCACAGUAGGGUUUCCUGGCUAGGGGCGCCUCUCGUUCUUCCCUGCUCUAGGGAGAGCUCAUGCGUGGGGAAGCUGGCUGUCAGACAGUAGCGAGCUCACCCCCUGCCUGCCUGCCUGCCUGCCGUCCCAGGCCUGGUACAGUGCCCAUGCCUGGGAUUGGUUUUAAGUUUGUAAAUAAUUUUACACUUGGGUUAGUGGAUGUGAACAGGGCCAGGGAAGUCCUUCCCACAGCCUGCACUCGCCUCCCUGCCUCAUCUCCCUUCUCGUUCCACUAUGCCUCAAGCCCUGGUGGUGUGUCCCUUUCUCUUUCCUCCUAUCCUCAGGGACCUGUGCUGCUUUGUCCUCGUGUCCCACUGGUGGCUUGGUUUGGGCACUUUAUCAUUCUUCUCUCCUGUCCCAUGUUUCCUUCUGCUUUGUUUCCUGGCUGUGUCCUGGCCUUAGCAGCUCAAUCCCCACUCUUGGCCAGCAGGCCGUGGCUAAGCUUUCAGGAGGCUCCUGUCUGCGUGGUACAGACUAAACCUUGGGUGGUGGGUCAGGCCAGUGGUGAUGUGCUUAGGCCACUGAAGGCCACGUGAGCUCCACGGCACCAUUGCCCUCGUUCCUCCCAGGCUUUCCUGCUAAGGGAGGAGAGCAGGAGUCCCACAGCAUGUGCUCCAGCACCGUGUCAGUGAGCAGGAGCUGUGUCCUGUUGGGAUGAAGGGCUUUCUUACUAUCCUAGGAAGGAAUAAAGAGACUGCUCUCUGGGGGCUUGGAUGGUCCCAGUGUGGUGGGACCCCCUGGUAGGGUCAGGAGGUGGACAGUAACAUCUGUGCAGGUGUUGACUGGAAAAAUAAAGUGUUGAUUGCCUAGAACUGCUGCCUUUCUGCCUGCCUCACUGCAAGAUGCCUCCCACACUGCUCUGUCCCUCCUCACCCUCCUGUUCCCCAUUCUCUCUCGCUCCUGGCUCUUUAUUUACCUGGGUGCGAAACAAGGCCAAAAGCAAGCGUUACCCUAACAGCCCUAACUUGCCCUUAGUCAUCUUCCCUGACAGUGUGAUUUGUUUAGUGAGAUUUAGCAUGUGUGAAUAAAGUAUAUGCAGGAGGAAAUUG